AUGGAUGACUCCACCGGGUUGCAGUCCCGCCUUUCUUACCCUCAGACCAGAGAAGAAAUGAAACUGAAGGAGGGAGGCUCCGUCCUGCCCCAGGAGGAAAGCCCCUCCGGCCGGUGCUCCAAAGAUGGAAAGCUGCUGGCCGUGACCCUGCUGCUCGCCGCCUCGUCCAGCUGCCUCACGGUGCUGGCUUUCUGCUGGGUGGCGUCCCUGCAAGCGGAGCUGGGCAGCCUCCGGGCGGAGCUGCGGGGGCGGCCGGGCGCCCCCCAGGCCGGGGCCGCGGCCGCGCGGGAGGCUCCGGGCGUCACCCCGGCCCUGAAACGGAUCUUUGCACCCCCAGCUCCGGGAGAAAGCAAUUCCAGCCAGAGCGGCAGGAGUAAGCGUGGCCUGCCGGAGGCAGAAGAAACAGUCACUCAAGACUGCUUGCAGUUGAUUGCAGACAGUGACACGCCUACUAUACGAAAAGGAGCAUACACCUUUGUUCCUUGGCUUCUCAGCUUUAAAAGAGGAAGAGCCCUAGAAGAAAAAGAGAAUAAGAUUUUGGUCAAAGAGACAGGCUACUUCUUUAUCUACGGUCAGGUUUUAUACACCGAUAACACGUUUGCCAUGGGACACCUAAUACAGAGGAAAAAAGUCCAUGUCUUUGGGGACGAACUGAGUCUGGUGACUUUGUUUCGAUGUAUUCAAAACAUGCCUGAAACACUACCCAAUAAUUCCUGUUACUCAGCUGGCAUCGCGAAGCUGGAGGAAGGAGAUGAACUCCAACUGGCAAUACCCCGGGAAGAUGCUAAGAUAUCCCGAGAUGGAGACGGCACGUUUUUUGGAGCCCUGAAGCUUCUGUGA